ACGGUUGCUUGUAUAACUCUAUUAUGGGAACGUUCAACGCAGCUUCCGGUUUCGUUCAUUAAAAAUAGAGGCUUGAGACGCAUUUGUGAAAGCCGGAAGUCAAUAAAGAGAUAACUUUGAAAAGUGUGCGUCGUAGCUUUGUAACAGGAAAGUGUUGAAACCUCUGCGCUAUUACAUGGGAAUAACGAGAAAGGAUGACCAGUUCGGGGAGAAUUCAUAUAUUUCUUGGCGCCCCUUUGAUACCUGCUCUGUCAGGCGGUGCUGAGGAGAAUGCUGAGGUGAAGCAUUACAUUGAAACAUGGAAAGAGCAAAGAUGUAUUUAUCAAAACCAGCGUAUCUGUUUUCAAAGUGAGAAUAUUGCAGCAUCGCAUGAUGGAGCCGAAAAACAGCAGCUUCAGGAAACGUAUACUCAGGGGGAGUCUGGGCAGCAGGUUCAUACUAUAUCCCAUGCUCCGGCCAAUACAAUGGGACGAGAAAAAGAACGUGGUUCUAAAAGUAUGAAUGAUUUGCUCUUCAUUACACAACAUGCUCAGGCUACCCCAGAUCCUAAACGAUCGCCGUUAAACCUAAACAACAUUCGUACAGAUGAUCUCCAUGCCGCUUUACCUAAAAGGCCAGAAGAACCUAAAGGAACACGAAUUCCCUGUGAGAAUUUGUUACCUUCAACAAACACUGAAUUUCUGUCCGUUUUUACAUCCAGCCAGGUAGCUGUAUUGGGUAGUGGGCAUGUUUAUGAGCAAGAUGACGAAGCCUUCGAGGAGAGAGAAAUAAAUAAUUUAGGUGCUGAGAUGGCACUUGGUUUUAACCAAGAAAAUGCUGUAUCAUCGUGUUUGUUUCAGAAGCAGAAACAAGAAUAUUCAGACAGUUCACUUGAACUUUUUACACCACCAACUGAUGAUGCUGAAAUCCCGUCCUGUAAACAAAUGGCGCAGUGUCAAGGCAGCAUGAAGAAUUCAGAACCAAAAAACAAAAGUUGUGACAUGGUGAGGACAGCUAUCUGUAAAAGGCCAAGGGUCUGCGAAGAUUUACCAGCCUUUUUCCAGGCUCCCCUCAGAGUACACAGUGCUAAAAAAGUUAAGCAAUUGGAUAACAUUGAUAAGCAUGAGCCCAAAGAUAGUAGGCAUAGAAAUAAUCCUAAACUGAAAUCAUCCAAACGGGUGUUCCUUCUAACACAGUGCUCUGAAAAAAAGAGAGAGUACAACGUCUUGGUUACUGUUGUACAUCCCUGCUAUUUAAAAGAAAUACAUGUAAAAUCUGGACCCAACGCUGGUUCUCUAAUUCCUUUAGCUACAAUAGUAGUUUUGGAUCAGUCAGAUGUUGAAUGCAAAGUAGUUUUGUGGAGGUCUGCUGCAUUUUGGACUUUAGCAGUAUUUCCUGGAGACGUAAUAAUGCUGACAAAUUUGACCGUCCACGAGGACAGAUGGAGUAAUGAAAUUUUGCUGCACUCUACAUCUCAGAGUCAGCUGCUUAAUCUUGGAAACUGUUCUACUGUGAACUCUGAAGAAUGGUCUCACAUGGUGGACUGCACAGCCCUUCAGGAGUUAGUUAAAUAUUUAUCAGUCAAACGUUUGUAUCUAACGAACAUUGUACCUCAAAAGACCCAGAAAAUGGACUCUAUAUCUUACAUAAGGCUUGAAAAAUUACAGCCUGAAUCAUUAGUACACUCUGUCCUGAAAGUCUGUGGUAUUUCUUUGUUGACAGAAUGUGUGUAUCACUACAAAGGACAAAAACAAAACAAAGUGAUUCUGACUGUAGAAGAGGUCAAAUGGCAUACACAUACCAUGGUUCUGUGGGGUUCCUGUAUUUCUUGGUGUGAUCAAAUCCGACUCAAAAGAGAUCACAUCUGGGAUUUUAGAUAUUUAUACACCAGGCGAAAUCCAGUCUCUGGAGAAAUAGAGCUACACACUACCCCAUGGUCAACUUGUGAAUGUUUAUUUGAUGAUGAUAAAAGGGCUGUGGAUUUUAAAAGGACCUAUUUCAAAAAUGAAGAAAAUUUCAUUAGACAAAUGGACCUUUUGUCUCUCUUAGAGGAAAAAUGUUCAGGUGAGAUUCAAAUUAAGGCCAGUAUCUCAGAAUUGGAAUUUCUAAUUCCAGGAUGUAGGAGUGUCUUCAUGGAUCACAGAACUCAACUUUCUGAUAUUUUAAAGUUUCUGCCUACAGUAAUAUACUCUGGCUGUGAGAAGUGUAGGCGUGAACUUAAAACAGAUGAAAACCAAGUAUAUGAGCAGUGUUUUUUCUGCCUCCCAUUUAACAAAGUAAAGACAUUCUUCAGACUGGUAUUAAUGACUAUUGUGAGUGGGGAACAUGGGAUCUGUGUGAAUGUUCCAUCAGAUAUUCUAGAGAAGAUAUUUUUGAAUAUAUCACCUAACUUGCUGAAUAAGCCUGUAGCUUUUACAACUGUAACAUAUGGGGUUAUUGUAGCAGACCUGUGCCACUCACUUUUGGCAAAAACAGCAGAGACGUAUUUAUUGAAAAUCAGAAGCAACUUUGUGCUGGAUGAAAACAGCAUUCCAAUUUAUCAGGAAUUUUAUUUACUGGAUUUUCAUAUUGAACUUUGAUGCUCAGUGCAAAACAAGUCAUGGUUUAUUUUUUUGACGUCUUCAUUCAUCUUCUGUAAUCAUCAAUUCAUAUUCAAGUUGCUUAAACAGUUUUAAGUAGUGAGAAGUAAAAUUGAAGUACAGGUAUGAUGUUACUUAAAUUGAAAUUUACUGUAUAGUCCAGACAGCACAUUCUUUUUGUAUACCUGUUUUUUAUUUGCAAUACUAUAUUUUGUAUUUUCUGAGAUAUCAAUAUAUUUAUUGAUUUUGUUUUAUCUAAAUAUGACAUAAUAAAAUUGAAUUCAGAUCAA